ACAAAGCACACUGAAUAAAAGAUAAAGAUCAACCUGAGCUAAGGAACAUGGAGGGAACAGCAGCAGCAGCCUGGGACAGAGGAUGUGGUCACCACAGAGAAGAAUAAGCUGGAGCCGCUCUCAACCCUCAAGGCAGACCCUGCCUUGCAACAUAGUUAUGCUAAUGCUGGCUGGCCAAGCGAGGCUGUUGGUGUUAUAACUAGGAUGAUGAACUCAAAAAACUAGAAACACCACAAAAAUAUUAAGUACUAUAAUUGCUUGAGCAGAUAGAAAUAAGGCUGGUACCCUAAACAGACUUACGUGGGAGUAAGCCCCAUUGAAAUCAGUUCUACUUACAGGCUCGCUGCUGCAUAAACAGACACGACAGGAUCAGGCAGCAAGUGCUGUGGAUCACUUACCACCAAGGAAGGCGCCCAAGAAGAAACAUUUCUUUUUGUGACGCUUAAGGAAGCCCCACACGGCGAGCAGCAUCUCGACCGCUGCUUCGCUCGCCUGUCACCGCAGCGUAGCGGCCGCAAGACAAAACCCCGCCUCGCUUCCUCCCAGACGUUGACCACGUAAAGCAAAGAACGAGGAGCCCGGCGUCCCACCUGCUUUCUAGCCCCCCACCUCGUCGCCGUUCGUACUCCGUUCGGGUCCUCCGGAAGCAUCAGCUCUGUACUCUUUGUUCCGGGCGGCAGUAGCGGUGGUAACGCUUGUCACCAUACAGAGAUGGAAGCGCUGAGGAAGGGAGCGGUGGCCACAGGAGAGGACGAGGCCUGGAUGGAUCGAGCCGUAAAUAUGGCUAAAGAAGCACUGGAGAAUGGUGAAGUGCCUGUUGGUUGCCUCAUGGUCUACAAUAAUGAGAUCAUAGGAAAGGGAAAGAAUGAAGUGAAUGAAACUAAAAAUGCUACUCGCCAUGCAGAAAUGGUAGCAAUUGAUCAGGUUAUAGACUGGUGUCAUCAGCGCAAGAAGGAACCUGAAGAAGUCUUUGUGCACACGGUAUUGUAUGUCACUGUAGAGCCCUGUAUAAUGUGUGCGGCGGCUCUGCGCAUGAUGAAAAUUCCACUGGUUGUUUAUGGCUGCCAGAAUGAACGAUUUGGAGGCUGUGGUUCAGUUUUGAACAUCUCUUCUGCUACCUUAACAGACACAGGGGAACCAUUCCAGUGCAUAGCUGGUUAUCGUUCUGAAGAAGCUGUUGAAAUGUUGAAAACCUUCUACAGACAAGAAAAUCCAAAUGCACCGAAAUCAAAAGUUCGAAAAAAGGAAUACCAUAAAUGACUAGCUGUGAUGGUUGGUAAAUUGAAGCUGGGAGAAUAACAGAUCUUUGAAAAGCCUGGCCAGUGAUGAGUGGUAUUUAGCACCAAGAGGCGAAGAAACUCAUAUCUGUUACUCUGUAAGAUGUCCUAAAGUGUCACUUAUGGAUUCUUGAAAGUUAAUAAGCAAAUCAUCAAAUAGGGCUUUUGGUUAAAAUAUCUGGAUAUUUUUUAUGGGGAUCAAUAGAAAAGAGUGGCAUUCUUUCAGUGACAGCAGUUAAGAUGGAACUGUUGUAGCCCUACCUAUUUUGAACUGAUCAGAGGGAGGGCCAAUUAUCAUGAUGGUCCUUGGCUUAACAGAUGUGGCUUAUGCUGACUUUCUGCCUCUGAUGCCAUGCACACACAUGAUCAUAUUCAGGCCAGUGAUAUAUACAGAGUUCUGUGUACAAUUGAAUCCCUUAGAACCAUACUAAAAUUCAGCAUGCUCAGAGUUCUGCAUGCUCCAUCAGCCAGAACAGCACCACCUCAAUCCAUGGUUGAGUUUGGCAGCUUGCAUGAGCAAUGGCUGUUAUACUGAAAACUGUCGUGAAAGCCAGUCCCAUUAGCACUUAGACAUAUUGAAGCUGCCUUAUAUUGAGUCAGACCACCAGUCUGUCUGGCCAGUAUUGUGUAGUUUGACUGGCAGCAACUCUCCAGGAUCUCUGGCAGAGGUUAUUCACAUCCCAUCCUACUUGCCCAUUUAACUAGAAAUACUGGAGGUUGAAAUUGGGACCUUUGGCACAUAAAACAUGUGUUCUUCUGCUGAGUUAUGGCCCUUUGCCUUGAAUCCUAGACAGAUGGAUAUUUGGCAGUACCUAAAAGUAAACAUGCUUUCCUCAUCUCAUCACAGUUCACGUUUCCAGUGUUUUAGUGAGGUAGAAAGGUAAGCUAGCAAAUCCCAGAAAUAGCUUGUUUACACUGAACUCAAAUGAGGCAUCAUGGUUAUGAAAGCUUAACUAUAGCUUGCCAUGAAUGGACAAACCAUGGUUUUUGAUCUUGUUUGACCUAUUUGGGUCAUGUUUGCUUUUUCAGAUUAGGUUGUUGAUGAAUUUAGGAAACGGAUUUUUCUUACAUGCCUGUGAUAGAAAACCACCUAGAAGAUUGAAGUCUGGCAUACCCAGAAUUUGUUGAAUGAAUCUUGGGAAGUAUAUUUCCAAAGAAACAUUAGGAAAACUAGGUAGGAAAAUGACAGACAAUAAGAAAAGACAGUGUUUAGAGCUGGCAUUUCAGUGUUUUGUUGAGUUGUUCUUCGAUCAUAUUAUGAUUACCAUCCAGAAGAGGGCCUUGCUGUUCUAAUAAUGAAUGACCCAGGCAGUUUAAAAACAGAACUUUUAUAUCUCCAGAAUGUGCAUGCUAUGCAAAUAAACAGGUUGGGAGGCAAUCAGGCAAUGCCUUAUGGAUUUUUAUGUUAUGGACAAUUAAUUCCAAUUGUUAAAACAAGUCAGAACCACAGUUGCUGCAAUAUUUUUGUUGUUCUACUACAUAGGUCAACAAAUUCUGAAAAAUGAUAAAAUGUGUUCCUGAUUGUUAAUAAUAAAAA